AUGAUUGCAAUUCCAUAUCUGACUGCUUUAUCAACCUACUUCAGCUAUGGUCUCCUCUUCUUCUUCGGCCAAAUCAGGGAUUUCUUCCGCAAACUCAUCGAUUGGUCGUCCGCUAAUAAUCUCCAUGGUUAUGCACCUCUUUGCUUGGGACUCGAAGAUUUCUACACUCGCCGUCUCUAUCUUCGUAUUCAGGACUGUUUCGGUCGACCUAUAGCUAGUGCUCCGGAUGCUUGGUUCGAUGUGGUUGAGCGAUUCUCCGAGGACAAUAACAAGACGCUCAAACGAACCUCAAAGACGACUAAAUGCCUGAACUUGGGAUCGUACAAUUACCUUGGUUUUGCGGCUUCGGAUGAGUACUGUACCCCUCGUGUGAUUGAGUCUUUGAAGAAGUAUUCUCCGAGUACCUGUAGCAGUCGAGUCGAUGGUGGCACAAUGAGAUUACACGUCGAAUUGGAGAAGUGUGUUGCUGAUUUUGUAGGAAAACCAGCUGCAAUUGUUUUUGGAAUGGGUUAUGUCACCAAUUCUGCUAUUCUUCCAGUCCUAAUGAGGAAGGGAAGCUUGAUCAUUAGCGAUUCAUUGAACCAUAGUUCAAUCAUUAAUGGUGCACGAGGAUCUGGAGCUACAGUUCGCGUUUUCCAACACAAUACACCUGCUCACUUAGAGGAAGUUUUGAAGGAACAAAUAGCGGAGGGACAACCUAGGACUGGCAGACCAUGGAAAAAGAUAUUGGUUAUUGUGGAGGGGAUAUAUAGCAUGGAAGGAGAGCUUUGCAAACUUCCUGAGAUAAUAGCAAUUUGCAAAAAAUAUAAGGCAUAUACGUACUUGGAUGAGGCCCACAGUAUUGGAGCAGUAGGGAAGUCUGGAAGAGGUGUUUGUGAGCUCUUGGGUGUGGAUCCAGCUGACGUAGAUGUCAUGAUGGGAACUUUUACAAAAUCAUUUGGAUCGUGUGGUGGCUAUAUUGCAGGAUCCAAGGAGCUUAUUCAAUAUUUGAAGUACACUUGUCCUGCUCAUCUGUACGCAACUUCAAUUUCUCCACCGGCCGGAGAACAAAUAAUGUCUGCCAUUAAGGUCAUCCUUGGAGAGGAUGGCACUAGUAGAGGAGCCCAGAAACUUGCACGAAUUCGGGAAAACAGUAACUUCUUCAGGUCAGAACUGCAAAAAAUGGGUUUUGAAGUCCUGGGGGAUAAUGAUUCUCCAGUUAUGCCAAUUAUGCUUUACAACCCAGCCAAAAUCCCUGCCUUCUCACGUGAAUGCCUCCGCCAGAAUGUUGCUGUUGUAACAGUAGCAUUUCCAGCGACCCCUCUUCUGUUGGCAAGGGCACGAAUAUGCAUUUCCGCAUCUCAUUCCAGGGAAGACCUACUCAAAGCCUUGGAGGUGAUUAGCCGAGUUGGUGAUCUCGUGGGCAUUAAAUACUUCCCUGCCGAACCAAAUAAACAAUUGCCAGAUGCAGACUUGAAGAAGCGUGACUGAGAAAAGAAAAAGAAAAAGAAAAAUAUUUAAGUCUCCUAGUUCAAGCCACAAAAGAGGGGAGAGGUUUGUAAAAAAAUCAAGCUGUUACUUUGAUAACUUAGGUUUCAUCUGUGCCUGCUUUGCUUUUAACAUCUUAUUAUGUGAGCCUCUAAAAUGGCCUCUCAGUAGUAUUGAAACACACACGAGUGGAGUGGGAUUGAGACACUCGUGUGUCUUAAAGUGGGAUUGGUUUUGUGGCUUCAGUUAUUGAAUUUUGUCUCCUAUUUAAUAAUUUUGUACAGGUGUAACCUUUAAGCUUGAGCAAACCAUAUUUUAUGCUAUUCUUCCAGGUAGUCUUUCCCAUGGGGAAUAAUAAUCUUGUAACUCUUGUCUUGAUGAUACAUCUUCAACAAUUUUCUUUUUUCUA